UUUUAAAAGAUUCCUUUAAAUCCUGCCUAUGGCUCGGGGCUAGAAAGCAUGAAUACAAACUCAGGAUGCGUUUCUCUCUCACAGCAGGAGAUGGCUGAAGCGAGCUGUUGCUGCUGCUGCGUGGUGGUCUUUGAAACGUAGCUCAAGGAAUAGAGGUCAGCUGCCUAGAGCGGUGCACACAGGGCACAGGCUGGCUUUGUACCCUGAGGCUUAAGUCCUCAGUUUUGUGUUCACCUCGGCCUCAUAGUACCCACUCUGACCUGCCGUGUAAACGACCCGGGACCUACCAAAAUGACCGCACCUCCAAUAAAGAUACACAUCAUGUCGUCUUCCCAUCUCUUCUACCUGGCACUCUGCUUGCUCACCUUCACCAGCUCCACCACGGCUGGACCAGAGACCCUUUGCGGGGCUGAACUGGUGGAUGCUCUUCAGUUCGUGUGUGGACCCAGGGGCUUUUAUUUCAACAAGCCCACAGGCUACGGCUCCAGCAUUCGGAGGGCACCUCAGACAGGCAUUGUGGAUGAGUGUUGCUUCCGGAGCUGUGAUCUGAGGAGGCUGGAGAUGUACUGUGCCCCGCUGAAGCCUACAAAAUCAGCCCGCUCUAUCCGUGCCCAGCGCCACACUGACAUGCCCAAGACCCAGAAGUCCCAGCCCCUAUCGACAAACAAGAAAAGGAAGCUGCAAAGGAGAAAGAAAGGAAGUACAUUUGAAGAACACAAGUAGAGGAAAUGCAGGAAACAAGACCUACAAGAUGUAGGAGGAGCCUCCCCAGGAGCAGAAAUGCCACGUCACCGAAGGCUCCUUUUGCUGCUUGAGCGACCUGCAAAACAUCGAAACACCUACCAAAUAACAACAAUAAGUUCAAUAACAUUUCAAAGAUGGGCAUUUCCCCCAAUGAAAUAUACAAGUAAACAUUCCAACAUUG